AUGCCAUGCCGCCACUGCGAGCGUCGAGCCAUAGACUGCGAGUACGCCCCCGCCAAACCCAAGCCCAAGACCAAGGCUCAGCAUCCGCAGCUAUCUCCAGUCACGGACGUCAACACCCGUGCCGGCUCGGACCCCCAGCUUGCCAGCAUACGCGAUGCUGGCAACGGUGCCCACGGUCAAGUCCCUUCACGCAUGUCAGCGAUGGAACCGCCCAGGCAGAGCAGGCGUCCGAGCGACGAAAACAUGAUCCUGCCGGUAGCCGGCAAUAAGCGCAAGUUUCUCGAGGGCCUCGAUGUCGCUUCCGCGGUCCUGCAGCAGCAUCGUGGCUUUGGCAAACGCCUCAGGGACGGCGAUGGCAACGGCGAGGACGACGACGACCGGCGAUGGGCGCCCUUCCCUGCCAGCCGCGACGAGGCCUCCCGAAUGCCCUCCUCGGCCUCCUCCCAUGCUUCGGACUUGGCCAUGAUCCAGAACGACAACACGGCCGUGCCAGUCCAGCCGAUAAUCUCAUAUCCCGAGACUUGGUGGGACCACACGGUGGCCGUGAUAGGCGGUUCGCGGCCAUUCGCUACCAAGCUUAUCCAGCUGCUCUUGCGCCGCUUCGUCCAGUCCAACGCAAUCUUUUUCGGCCUGUUGCAUGCGCCAACGCUGUUGCGCAACGUCUCGACGCAGGAGGGCAUCCGCAGCGCCGAUCCGGCGCUCUACCUCUCGGUGCUCGCAGUGGCGGCGUGCGACAUGCAUCGAACCCAGCUGGUCGAACCGAUCACUGCCGACCUCCGGGCCGCCGAUGCCGCGUCCCGCAAGCUGUCGAUGCAGCUCAUCAAGAUGGCCAGGCAGUAUAUCGACUCUGCGCUACUGGACGAGGCUGGAGUUUCGCCUUCGACCGGCCAAGCCGCCAGCAUCUUGGCCCUAUUACAGGAGGAUGGCAGCUCGGAGCAGGUGGCCCUGGUUGGCAUUGCCGAAAACAUCGUCAGGUCAUCCAGGAUCCACGAGACGGUAUCUUCGCGCGAGCCGGGAGUCCAGAUGUGCGAGCCGGACUCGGAGCUGUAUUGGCGCCGGCCGCUCGCAUCGGGCUCUUCCGAGGCUGAAAUCAAGUACGAGUCGAUCGUGCGCCUAUGCUGGACCGGCGUCAGCCAUCGUUGUCGCAAGCUGAUUGCCAUGCCCGACCUCGAUGUGCAGGCCGAGCGCUGGCCAGACUUUCUCGAGUCGGUCCGUCCAAUGGCCUUCUGGGAACCAUCGAUCCUGCCACCGGACCUGCCACCCACCUUCUUCCAUUCGCAAAACCUGAUGCGAUGUUCCGCAGAGGUAGCGCGGGUCUGCGUCGCUCUGGCGAGCACCGUGAGCACCUUGCAGAGCGACCUUGAAGGGCGGCCAGGAACCGCAGCGCCGGACGCGGUACACGAGCUGUUGCGGCGCCUCGACAAGCUUGAGUCCGCUUUCGUGCGACACCGCCCCACCGAUGCCGCCGAGAUGCACAGCAUCCUUGGACGCACCUGCCAGAUGUUCUGCAGAAUGCACGUCUGGGCGCGGAUCUCUAUCUGGCGCAAGCACCGCCUGUGGACCAAGGUCGACGAAUGGAGCGAUCCUUUGGCGACCGCCGAUGUGCCCCUGUCAAGGCAACUGCCGCCCACGGUCAACUACUGGAUCGUCCUCUUCGACGAGAUGGUGUGUGGUCUCUCCAAGGACCUGGACUCUUUCGUCGUGGCCGGCACGCUCCCGCAGACCUCGGCGGCCGAGAUCGACUCAGUCAUCAGGCACUGCAUAGUCGCGCUCGACCUGGUCGAUGCUUCGCAAGCGCCAUACGACUUCUUGCGGGCGUUUGAUCGAGCCGCGGCCGUCCUCAAGCGGGUGAUGUCGGUGUCGAAGUUCAACCCGCACUUCCCGCAGCUCGACGAUGCCAUGGAAGGCAGGUUUGUCGCGGCUCAGGCGAGGCGCGAACACAAGAGGUUCCUACAAGGCGCCGCCGGAGAAGAGGGGCCGCCAGGAUCGAUUCUCAAUCGCGUCUGGACCGUCCCACCUCCAAUGCCUGACCCAAAGGCCCACGAGCUGCGAAGAAACACGUGCCCAUCGUCGUCGUCGGCCUCGAGCAUCUCUGCAGCAGGAUCGACAUCGACCCCGGAUUCCAACACCGUGAGCGUGCAAUCGCUCGAGGAAGAAACCAUCUCGGCCGCGAGUCGCAACAAUGUCUCUGGCCCGCAUGUUCUGAGCAAUGGCUAG